AUGGGUUCUCUUGCUCCGUACCAGCGCAAACACAAGGUUACCGUGGUGGGCUCGGGAAACUGGGGCACCGCCAUCGCGAAAAUAGUGGCUGAAAAUGCUGCCAGCAAUCCUGGCAUUUUCGAGGAGAAGGUAGAGAUGUGGGUUUUCGAGGAGAAAGUUGAAAUCUCAAAAACGUCUCGCCACUAUGACCCAUCGUUGCCCCUUUGCCAGGGCCCGCAGAACUUGACGGAAGUGAUAAACCAGACCCAUGAAAAUGUUAAGUACCUGCCGGGGAUAAAUCUUCCGACCAAUUUGCAUGCCAAUCCGUCGCUGGUGGAUGCAGUUCAAGACAGUACCAUUCUUGUCUUCAACCUUCCCCAUCAGUUCAUCAUUAAGACCUGUGAACAGAUCAAAGGAAAGAUUCUACCAUAUGCGCGGGGCAUAUCCUGCAUCAAGGGGGUUGACGUGAACGAAGAGGGAAUUAGCCUUUUCUCUGAAACCAUUGGAAAGAUCCUUGGUAUCUAUUGCGGAGCCCUGUCCGGCGCAAACAUCGCCAGCGAGGUUGCUCAAGAGAAAUGGUCGGAGUCAAGCAUUGCCUAUGACCCUCCACACAUGGAUUCCAAGGCCCCCUCCCCCAAUCGCUCCCCAUCCUCGUCAACCGAGAACCUUGUCCAAUUCGAACACAAGGACGUUUCGGGCCAGUUUUCACGAGUUAAGCUGCAAGCUUUACCAUCCGACUACCCUCCUGUUGACCACGCUGUGCUGAAGUCGCUCUUCCAUCGCCCGUAUUUCCACAUUCGCGUGGUUAACGAUGUUGCGGGUGUUUCCCUUGGAGGUGCCCUCAAGAACGUGGUCGCUCUUGCCGCCGGCUGGGUCGAUGGCAUGGGAUGGGGUGAUAACGCUAAGGCAGCCAUCAUGCGGGUUGGCCUCCUGGAGAUGGUCAAGUUCGGUGAACAAUUUUUCAGUGCCACCAUUAACACUCGGACGUUCACCGAGGAGAGUGCAGGUGUCGCCGACCUGAUCACCAGUUGCAGUGGUGGCCGUAACUUCCGAUGCGCGAAGCUCAGCAUUGAGAGAAAGCAACCGAUCGAGAAAGUCGAGGAAACGGAACUCAACGGCCAAAAGCUGCAAGGCACGCUGACUGCUGUGGAAGUGAACAGCUUCUUGAAGAACCAAGGCCUUGAGGAGGAGUUCCCCUUGCUUACUGCAGUUUACCGUGUUCUUCAGGGUACCAUGUCGGUGGAAGACAUUCCUUCAUACAUUGAGCGGUAA